AUGAUUAAUGUUGAGGGAGAAAAUGCCACUGUUGAAGACACUGCAUCAGAAGUGAUUGCAUUUAAGAUGUCAGCAAUUUCUAAAGGAUACUACAGUGAUAAAUACAUGAAAUACUUCGCAGGAGAUAUUUUGUACGGAUCUCAGCUUCCUCAUCAAAAUUUCGGAACAUUUAUUAGAAGUUAUAUGAUAAGAUAUGUUGUUAAGUCAUUUUUCGACAAAUUUGGCCCAAAAUCACAAGUUGUUUCUCUUGGAUCAGGUUUUGAUACAUUAUAUUGGAGACUUAGAGAUGAAAAUAUUCAAUUUUCAAAGUUCAUAGAAGUUGAUAAACAGUUUGUUGUAGCCAAAAAACAGAAAUAUCUUGAAAAUCAAGUUUUUCAACCAUUAGAUAAUUAUAUUUUAUGUGAUCUUGACUUAAAUCUAGAAGAAAGCACAAAUGUCUUGAACACUCUGCUAAUUCCUGAUCUUCCAACUCUAUUUAUUGAUGAAUUUAGUUUAAUUUAUCUUCAACCCCAAGUUAUUCAACGAUUAUUGAAGUUUUUCGCCGGAAAAGGUGCAUUUAUAUCUUAUGGAAUGACAAAUCUUGGUGACGAUUUUGGUGAUUUAAUUAAAGAAGGAUUUAAUGAUAUGGGAAUUCCAUUGUACGGUGCUGACUUCGCACAAAGCACAGAAGAAUUCAUAACUAAAGCACUUGAUAUAGGAUUUGAAUGUGCUGAUGCUCAAAAUGCGGUUUUUGUUGUAAAACAUAAAAUUCCAAUAGAAGAAAGGAAGAGGAUUUCAAGGUUAGAAUACUUUGAUGAUCCACACGAAGUAGAUUUCAUUUUAUCUCAUUAUGCUUUUUAUGCAGCAGGUUCUGAAUAUUUCAUCAAAGAUUUACUGAAUUAG